AUGCAAGAAUUUUAUUCUUUUGCGCCCAUAGAUGAAGAUGGAAAUCCAUUCCCCUUUAGCUCCUUGCGUAACAAAGUGGUACUGAUAGUUAAUGUAGCAUCUCAUGGUGCAUUCACACCACAAUAUAAGGAAUUAGAGUACUUGUACGAAAAAUACAAAUCACAUGGUCUGAUGAUCGUGGCCUUUCCUUGCGGUCAAUUUGGAAAUCAAGAGUUUGAGAAGGAUGAGGAGAUCAAUAAGUUUUGUCAGAAUAAAUUCGGUGUGACCUUCCCUAUCCUACAUAAGAUCCGUUGUAAUGGGCAAAAGCAAGAUCCUGUCUACAAGUUCUUAAAAAACUCAGUGAGCGGGAAAUCUGGAAUAAAAAUGAUAAAGUGGAAUUUUGAAAAGUUUUUGAUAGACCGAAAUGGGAAGGUGGUUAAAAGAUUCUCAUGCAUGACUAGGCCGUUAGGACUCUCUCAAAUAAUUGAAGAAUUACUGAAUCAACCGCCAAAGGAAGAGAUUUGA